UACACGGACUACAAUCGUUAAGAAUUAAAAUAAAAUCUGAAUUGUCUGCAAAAUAAUUAUUUUGUUUGGUUUUAAUGAAAGAUUGUGCCUAAGUCCUGACUGAUUAGCCCCUGAUACGUCUCUCAACAUACAUCACACACAGUUACAUAUUGCCUAUAGUUUAGCUAAACUUUAUUGAAAACAAAUUAAAAUGGAGAAAUUUCUUGUGAGGACCAACAAGCCAACCGACGCACCACCAGCUGCAAAAAAGCUUCGCAAGUACGAUGAAGCAUACCUGCAGUUUGGGUUUACAGUCACGGCUGAACUGAGACCUCAGUGUGUCGUAUGUGCCGAGGUGCUGGCAAAUGACAGUAUGAAGCCCUGCAAAUUAAAAAGACACCUCGAAACAAAGCAUGCUGGCAUUAAAAAUAAAUCGGCCGAAUAUUUUAAAAGAAAGCUUGAUGGCCUCCAUCAGCAACAGGCAACCAUUUCAGUGCACAUUUCAGUGUUUGGAGGCAUCGUAUGUAGUGGCCAAAAGGAUCGGUAAACUGGGUAAACCGCAUACAAUCGCAGAGACUCUCAUUUUGCCGGCAGCGCAAGACAUGUGCAGAAUAAUGAUAGGCGAUAGUGCAGCAGCCAAACUCGGUGCAGUACCACUGUCCAAUGACACAGUCGCUAGGAGAAUUGUAGACAUGUCCAACGAUAUCAGAGAGCAACUGAUAGAGUUCGUAAAAAAGAGUCCUUACUACGCGCUGCAGCUGGACGAAUCCACUGAUGUUGCUGGGCAGGCCCAGCUCCUCACCUAUGUCAGAUAUCUGCGGGACAAGGUGAUUGAGGAGGAUGUCCUGUUUUGCCGGCCUCUUCAGUCACACACUACAGGAGAAGCCAUUUUCAAUGUCCUUGACAUUUUUAUCCGCGAAAAUGGUUUGGCUUGGGAUCGAUGCGUUGGCCUAUGCACGGAUGGUGAGCAGGCAAUGACUGGGCGUGAGCGUGGCCUAGCUGCUCGCGUUCAGCAAGUAGCUCCACUUGUGAAAUGGACACACUGCAUGGUCCAUCGCGAAGCACUAGCUGCUAAAAAAAUGCUGGUUCUCUUUGACUCUGUGCUGAACCAAUCCGUCAAAAUAAUAAAUCUCAUAAAAUCACGGCCGCUAAACUCUCGCUUGUUUGGGGUCCUCUGCCAGGAGAUGGGGUCAGGGCACGAACAGCUGCUUCUGCACACUGAAGUUCGCUGGCUCUCCAGGGGGCGGGUGUUACAGCGGUUGUAUGAGCUGCGAGAGGAGGUGAAGUGGUUUUUGACAGAAAUCAAAUCAGAUCUGGCGAAGCAUCUGGAUGACACUAUGUGGCUUGCGUCUCUGUCCUAUUUGGUUGAUAUAUUUGACCGCUUGAAUGGCCUCAACCUGUCUUUGCAAGGCCGCGAAACUCAUAUUUUGCUCCUUGCAGACAAAGUGCAAGCCUUCACACAAAAACUAGACCUCUGGCAUGGCCGCAUCAGUCGAGGGAACUGUGACAUGUUCCCCUGCCUUACAGACUUUAUAACUGAUGCAGGCGCGUCACACGAUUUCUCCUCCCUAUUUCAAUCAGCGUCUGAGCACCUGUCAGCAAUGAGAAAACAAUUUGCGACGUACUUUAAAGAGGAUUAUCGCUCUUUUGCAUGGGUUCGAGAUCCGUUUGUGUGCACAGCAAACGAGCUAUCAAUUGAUAUGCAGGAACAGCUUAUUGAGCUGAAGAGUGACAGUAGACUGAAGGAACUCUUUAGCUCCUGUCCUCUUUCGUCAUUCUGGGCAGCAUUGAUGCAGGAAUACCCGGAACUCUGUGACGUCGCCUUGAAGAUUCUCCUUCCUUUCGCGUCGACAUAUUUGUGUGAGGCAGGAUUCUCAAAAAUGACUGCACUCAAAACUAAAUACCGCAAUCGUGCACAAAUCGAGGAUGAUUUGAGGCUAUGCUUAUCAAACAUUGAGCCAAGAAUUGAGGAACUUUGCAAGGCAAAGCAGGCUCAGGUCUCACAUUAACAUCACCUAAUUAUAUAGCAAUAGCCUAGUAAUGAUAAUAGGCCAACUGAUGAUAAUAAUAACAACAACAAUAAAGCA